CUGUGAUAAAUUUUAUUAUAAUAUUUUUAAUUGAUUUGUUUAUUGCAUGGUGGCUUAGUGGUUAGCACGUUCUCCCCAUACUUCGGGGGCCUCCUCUAGGUAUUCCUGUUUCCUUCCCCAGUCCAAGGACAUGUGUUGUAGGCUGAUUGGCAUUUCCAAUUUGUUUGCAGUGUUUGAAUGAAUUUAUGUGUGUGUGUGUGUGUGUGUGUGUGUGUGUGUGAGUGAGUGUGUGUGUGUGUGUGUGGGAUUGUGCCCUGCAAUGGGUUGGCACCCCGUCCAGAGUAUCACCCGCCUUGCGCCCUGAGUUUCCUGAGAUCCUGUAUAGGAUAAGCGGUACAGUAAAUGGAUGGAUGGAUGGAUGGAUGUUUAUUGCAUCACUUUUAAGCAGAUCUUGUGUACAUAUAUUUAGAACACAGUUUGUAAGAAUGAACAGAGGGUUAGGGAGGAUUAAGAUUUUGAAAGUCUUUCUAGCCACUGUAAAAAUGCCAGUUGGAGUUCAAUUCUCUCCACAUACAUCCACAGAAUAGCCAGAUGUCAUGGAAUAAUCCGCUUAUUGUAACAUUCUGGCAAGAAUGAUUUUAGUAUGAUUGGAGAGAAACGUAAAUAGUAAUGAGCUGUUUUAACCUCAGCAGAAGACACAGUUGAGAAUAAUGUCUUUCUUAACUGCUAGAUGUUAUGCUUAUUUCCGUCCAUUUGGCCAGUUGGAGAAAAACACUUGUAUCAGUUUCAGAAUGUGGAUUUUGGAUGGAAACUGAAAACAGCCCUUUCUGAAAUCAGCAAACAUCUUCAAGUCCCCCACACAUACCUCCCUGUGUUGUUUGGCAAACUAUCAAUGAAACAGUACUAAUUUCAGCCUGAAACUGGCUAUAAAUUCUUCCCAGAGGGAGAGAGUUUUCAGAGAACCUGGUUUCUGAUCAAUUAUAAUUAGACCGUUUAGUUGAGUUUUUUUUUUUUUUUUUUUUUUUUAAGUAUGUAUUCAAAUUUGCACUUCAAGCUUAUUAUGUGGGAAAAGUUUUUCAGUUCAGUUGUACUGGUUGUGUGACAUACAUUUAUGUGAACCAAAUUAGCAAUAAAGACCAUUAUAUCAAGUACAAUAUAUUCACUGGAUGUAAAUUAAUACUCCCUGGUCCUGUUAUUUGCCUACUAUUUGUUGAUCUUUCAGAGUAAUGAGGACCAGACGUUUGUAAGUAUUAACAUCCAGCUAUGGCGUUAAUGUUUGGGCAACAUGAGUUGUUGUGCAGAUGUUGUAAUACCAAAAGCAUGUCUAACCGGUCAUUCUCUCUCUCUGCCCUCUUUUUUUCUUCAUAAAAGCCUCUGCAUUUUCCCAUACCUACCCCCCCUAGCUCUCUGAGCCAACCUUCAUGUCUCAAAAAUGAUUGUGGAAGGUGAUUGGCCAUGAUUUGGCCCUGCUGAUGUGCCAUUGGCUGCUGGGGUUUUGGAGUGUUUGCAUUCUGAAGGGAGGCUGUUUCUAUUGAUGUGCUUCAGGGGGAGGGAGGAAAAGAGGGAGGCAACGGAAAAGGAAAGGAAGAGGGAGGGAUCGAGAAAAAGAACAGAAGGAAAGAGCCUCUUAUUCUCUUAUAUGUGUGAGCGUGACAGUUCUUGUGGAAGGGUCUCCAGAAGUCAGGCCUUGUGGGAAAGCAAACAAUGGUGGACAUCUCGCCUCGCCAUCACUGACUGUUAGAAGAGAGAUGCUGGAUAUUCAAGCACAGGAUGACUGAGAGCUGCACUGCGCCAAAGGGGGAGCAGAUAUGACAAUGGAGUUUUUUUAGCAACCUGAAUCUCAAAGGGAGGAUUUUGGAGUUGGAAAACCAAGGGCGGCAACAUUGUCAUUUGUGAGUCUGGCUUUGGAAUAAAAGGAAGGCAGAUGUGACUACAGACUGAGCCCAUGGCAUCCCCGGAGUCCCUUAUCCCACAUCCUACAGAGUCUAUGCCCACUGGUGUGGCACAGACCCCCCAACAGGAGGAAGAAGAGGAUGAUGAGGACGAGGAGCAGGGAGAGCAGUUUCAGUUUGAUGAUAGUGAAGAUGAGAACAAUGCUGGUCCAAACCCUGGGGAAAUUAAAGACUUUGUAGUGUCCUCCGCUGCGACUGGACUUCAGGAAGUUGCUUCCGGUGACAACACAAACUCUAAUGCACUUUACAGUCAAGCGGUGAAAUGUAUCCCAGUCACUCUUCAUGAGGAAUUAAAUGGAGUGACCUCUGCUGGUCAGGAGGGUCAAGCUGUUCCUCAGCAAUCACACAUAACAAGCCCAGAUAUGGUAGUCAGGCAGUCUCCUGAUGGACGUUCUGUAUCUAUUGAGCCGAGAGUCACAGAGGAGUCCGAAGGCACAUGGAAGAAAAACACACAUACACAUGAAGGAAAGCCUGCUUCUGAAUCAGAGCGAGGCUUGCCCUCUUCGUCCUCAGAGGUGUACCCAGGUCCUCCCCCUGACUCAGAAGUGAUUUAUGAUGAUGUCCCUUGUGAGAACAUCCCCUCUCCUGAUGCAGGUGACGAUAUGAUCUAUGAGGAUGUGCAGAGGCCUGGUGAAUUGGCAGAGGGGAUGGAUAAUGGCUGGAGCUCCAGUGAGUUUGAGAGUUAUGAUGAGCACUCGGACACUGAGACCAAGCCACGGACACGUAGCAAGAUUUCUCCCGAUGUACGGCGCAUAAAGGAGCAUUGUGCCCGGACCAAACGUGAACUGGCCAUGCGGUUAGGGGCUCGAGACGUCAGCCAGAUCAAACAGGCCUAUGAUAUCAAGGUUCAACAGCUCAUGAAAGCCGCCCGGAAUGGCACUAAAGAUGGUCUGGAAAAGACUAAAAUAGCCAUGAUGCGCAAAGUGUCCUUCCUGAAUAAAAAAGAAAACACAGAUGACACAGAAGACGAUUCUGGUUACCUAGAUGUAUCAGUUUCUGAAGUAAAACAUCCACCACCUCAACUUUCUCCCAUGCCAGAGGGUCUCACUAGCCAACAGACUGUAAGACGUCACAUUCUUGGCUCUAUUAUCCAGAGUGAGAUAAGCUACUUGGAUUCCCUCAGAAGGAUUCUGAAAGAUUAUCAAAAGCCUUUAAUGGAGGCAGAGCCACGUAUCCUGAGUACUAGAAAGAUCCAGCCCAUUUUCUACCGGGUGAAAGAGAUCCUACAGUGCCAUGCCAUGUUCCAGAUCGCCUUGGCCUCCCGCGUGGCCGAAUGGGACCAAAUAGAGACCAUUGGGGAUCUGUUUGUAGCCUCUUUUUCAAAAUCAAUGGUUCUGGAUGUAUACAGCGAUUAUGUCAACAACUUCACAAAUGCAAUGGCUCUCAUCAAGAAAGCCUGCAUGUCCAAGCCCGCAUUUCUGGAAUUUCUUAAAAAAAGGCAGGCUGUCAGCACAGACAGAAUCACCCUUUACGGCCUGAUGGUGAAGCCAAUCCAACGUUUCCCUCAGUUUAUACUCCUCUUACAGGACAUGCUGAAGAACACUCCGUCUGGGCACCAGGAUAGGCUGCCGCUGCAGCUGGCUCUCACUGAGCUGGAGACCUUAGCAGAGAAGCUGAAUGAACAGAAGCGUCUAGCAGAGCAGCUCUCUGAGAUCCAGCAAUUAACACGCAGCAACAGUGAUCGUGCCCUCAGCAAGCAGCUGAACUCAGAUCAGAAGCAGCUGAUUCUGUGUGAAACCCUGAUCGAGACGGUGUAUGGGGACAAGGGGCAGGUUCUCAAGUCCAAGGAGCGCAAGGUCUUCCUCCUCAACGACAUACUCAUCUGUGCAAACAUCAAUCUCAAGGGGCUUCCGGAUAUCAGCAGCCUGGUUCCUGCUGGCCCUAAGUACAUGGUGAAGUGGACAGCUCCUCUGCAGCAGGUUCAGGUGGUGGAGGUGGGUCUGGAGAGCUCGCAGAACAAUGACAGUGUUUACCAGCCAAGUGGGAUCAAACGACUCAGCUCCACCAAUGCUCAAGGCAAGCUGAUUCUGGGGCCACCCAAAUUGUACCAGGAACUACAGGAGCUCCAGCAUGACCUCUCAGUGGUGGAGGAGGUCACACUCCUAGUGGGUACUCUGCAGGGAUCCUAUCAGAAUCUUAACACAACAGUGGGGCAGGACUGGUGCCUGGCUCUGCAGAGGCUCAUCCGCAUCAAAGAGGGCGAGAUCCAGUGUGCCAACAAGUGCCGUUUGCGGCUAAUGGUGCCCGGCAAGCCUGACAAGUCUGGGCGUCCAGUCAGUUUCACAGUGGUUUUCAAUACUCCCAGCCCAAUCAGUAAAAUCUCAUGGGUCAAUCGCUUGCAUCUUGCUAAAGUUGCUCAAAGGGAAGAGAACUUGCCUGGUUGGGUGUGUGCAGAGGAGGAUGAGAAGACUAAGCCACCAUUCUGGUGUCCACUCUUGUCUUGCCGUGUGCCUGUGUUCUCUCCAAAAGCUCAAGAUCUGAAGCUCCAGACGGCCUUUCACAAUCCAGUCCAGUGUGCUCUGCUGGGUUUCUCUGCUGCCAGUACCUCUUUGCCUCAGGGCUAUCUUUGGGUGGCCAGUGGUGGUGAUGAAUCGUAUGGACAGGUGGAGAUCUUCUCCCUGAACAGACCCUCUCCACGCUCGGUGAAGAGUUUCCUUCUGGCCUCCCCUGCACUAAGCAUUGAAUAUGUAAUGGAGGCCAGCGCUGACGAAAAUGAAGGACAGGCAUCCGAAGGAGCUGCCAGAAUUGGGAACACCAUCUGUGUGGGGUUACAAGAUGGCAAUAUCCUAGUUUAUGGCAGUGUGGAUACUGCUGCCCAGUGCCUCCUGACUUUCCAAAACCCUGAAGGUUGUCCUGUUCUGUGCCUAACACACACAGACAACUUCCUCUUCGCUGGAUUGACUAAUGGAAAAGUUGCAGUUUAUAGCAGAAAGAUUGCGGAAGCGCUGUGGGAUCCAGACUCCAGCAGACUGCUUGUGAUCGGAUAUGCGCCUGUGCUCAAACUCCUCAAUAUAGAUGAGUGUGUGUGGGCUAGCUGUGCAAACCAAGUGGCUGUGAUUGACAGCUGUAAUCUCACCACACAGAGCUUUGACGCUCACCCAGACCCCAUGGUGACUGUGACACACAUGGCGCGAGCCGGUGGAGGAGUGUGGAUGGCGUUCUCAGAGGGCUCGUCACUUCGGCUCUUCCACACCGAAACUUUGGAGCACCUGCAGGAGAUCAACAUCUUAACACGCUCUGAAUAUCUGAGUCCAGGUCAGACUGUGUGUGUCACCAGCCUGCUCAUAUGUCAGGGUCUCCUGUGGGUGGGCACGGCCCAGGGCAUCAUCAUCACCUUGCCAGUGCCUAAGCUGGAGGGCAUCCCGAAAAUAACAGGCAAAGCAAUGACCUCCCUCAACGCUCACAGCGGCCCUGUGGACAUCCUGGUGGCUACGUCCAGUACUUUAUCCCCUGAACUAUUGAAGCGGGACUCUCUGGCUGAUGGGACUGAUUCAGGUAGUGGAGGAGAGGACUUGAGCCACUCUUCUCAGGAGUCACUACAACAGCAGCAGGUAGAAGGUUUGUCUCAGAAAGAAGCCAAACCCAAAGGGGUGCUGCUUCAGUAUCACCUCCGCUCCACUUCCCAGCUCCCUGGCAAGCUUCUGACCGCUCAGCCUGAACAGGUAUCCAAUUCCUCCCAGGAGUCUCUGGAGCACACUAUGGAAGAUGGUUCUAUCUAUGAGCUGAGCGAUGACCCCGAUGUUUGGGUCAGGGGACCAGGACCAUCCACAAAAGACGGAACACGGAAAGAAAGGGUCAUGUCAUUCGCCGUUAUAUCAGGAGGAAGAGGAUUCCGCAGACUCAAUGCGGCUGGUUCCUCCUCUUCUACUUCCUCUGGAGCCAAUGAGACUACACUUAUGGUCUGGCAGCUCCCACUGACGGUCUGAAACAAUGACUAAAAGACAGUGAAUUAUCCUCAGCAAGACAGGAAAUCGAAUAGAACAAAAGUCCUUCUAACCAGUUUUAUCAGGAAAACAGUCCACUUCAUCAUCUAGCUUCAACAUCUACACCAUUAUAGCAAACAUCUUAAAUAUAUAGAACUUUCAGAGACAUCGAAAAAGGAACACAUUUCUAAAUGUCAAAAUGAUUACAUGUAAUUAUAUGCCCGAGCUGCAUGUUGUUCUUCUAGAUGGAAACCAGAAGUUGUUGUGAAUAUAUUUAAAAGGGUUGUGACUCAUCUAGUCUUUAUGCAUAAUGAAAAAGUGUUGUUUCUGAAUGUAGCACUGCAAUGGAUAUAUCCAGAAGCUGUACAAGGAAAGAAGUAAAUGUCAACAUCUUCGAGUCAUUCUUUUUCAAUUGUUAUUCCCUUUCCUCCCAUUUGUCCAGAAUGUGAAUGAGAGCAAAGGAUUUUUCACUUGGCUUAGGUACUUAAUAUUGAUGGUACUUAUUUCACACUGUGUCACUUUGUUUAAUAAAAAAUAAAUAAAUGUGUUUAUGAUAAUUUAUAAA